GGAGCGCGUUUUGUUUAUGGAUUCAGUGCGUAACAAUGGCCUUUGAGUGUCGUUUGAGGCUCAUUACGAUGCUCAAUAAAUGCGCACGAGUCAAACACUAAAAUUUAAAACACAAAUUUCGUAGUGAAAAUACAAAUUUUUGUCUUUGUUUAUUACUUUAAUUAUCGUGAUAUUUUGGAGCUUAAAAAAAAAAUAAAAAUAAAAUGAUUUCGGUUGAAGUGUUAUCGUCAAUUUUUCUGUUAAUUAUUACGUUAAUCUUAAUAAUUUAUCUCAGAAUGAAGUUAAAAUUUAAGUAUUGGGAGAAAAAGGGGGUUCCCCAACUAGAAAAUUUACCUUUGCCGUUCGGAAACGCGCCGAAUCCGUUUCGAAUCCGCGAACCUUUCUACAUGAAAGUUAAAGAUUAUUACUUUAGUUUUAAGAAUAAAAACGAAAAGCACGGCGGGUUAUAUAUGAUGUCACGGCCCGUUUAUUUAGCGGUGGAUCCUGAAAUCGUUAAAAACGUAAUGUUACGCGAUUUUGGCCAUUUCCACGAUCGCGGAACUUUUUAUAACGAAAAAGUGGACCCGCUCAGCGGGCAUUUAUUUAAUUUGGAAGGCAAACAGUGGAGGGAGCUACGCGCGAAAUUAACCGGAACUUUCACCAGUGGCAAAAUGAAGAUGAUGUUCCCCACUUUGUUGAAAUGCGGCUACCAAAUGAUCGAAGAAUUAGAGAAAAUGUUGGAGCAUCCCGUCGAUAUCAAAGAGAUUUUAAGCUGCUUCUCAACCGACGUAAUCGGCUCCGUUGCUUUCGGGCUAGAAUGCAAUAGCUUUAAAGUGCCGGAAGCGGAAUUUCGAAAAAACGGGAAGAAAAUUUUCGAGCCAAGCUUAAAAAGGAAAGUUCGCGUCUUUUUAAUAACUUCCUUUCCUAAUUUAUGCAAAAAAUUAGGGUUAGUUUUUAUCCCAAAAGAAGUAACAAAUUUCUUUUUGCAAGUCGUCAAAACGAUGAUCGAUCACCGCGCGGCCAACAACAUCAAAAGAAACGAUUUCAUGCAGAUUUUAAUCGACCUCAACAACUUAACUGUCAAUCAAAUCGCAGCUCAAGCUUUCGUGUUUUUUAUCGCGGGCUUUGAGACUUCCGCCACGACGAUUAAUUUUUGUUUGUUCGAGUUGGCCCAAAAUCAAGAAAUACAAGAGAAAGUCCGCAAAGAAAUCAACAAAGUUUUUAACGAAGAAUUAAAAUACGAAUUAAUCGGGGAUCUAAAAUAUUUAAACCAAGUCGUGGAAGAAACUUUAAGGAAAUAUCCCCCGGUUCCGCAUCUUUCCAGGAAAUGUACCAACGAAUACGAAGUCCCCGAGAUGAAUGUUCGCUUGGAAAAAAAUUCCAAAGUUUUUAUCUCGGUUUUGGGAAUUCAUAAAGAUCCCGAUUUUUAUCCAAACCCGGAAGUUUUCGAUCCGGAACGAUUUAACGACGAAAAUAAAGCGAAGAGACACCCCUUUACCUUCAUUCCGUUCGGGGAAGGACCAAGAAAUUGCAUCGGUUCCCGAUUUGGAAUGAUGCAAACCAAAGUCGGAUUAAUCCUAAUUUUGAAAAACUUCAAAGUUAGUUUGAGCUCAAAAACUGAGCUACCUCUCGAAAUGGAGCCGAGUGCGCUACUGAUGACCUCAAAGAAUAAAAUUUGGUUGGAUAUUGAGAAGAUUAAAACUUAAAUUUGUGACUAACUUAAUUAAUUAAGAU